AAAGGAGACGACAAGGUUGAAAAGGGUGGUCAGUUUGUCACUAGUGACCUGACUAAAUACUCCGUACUCGUACUUCCGUAUAUCUCACUUGUCUCUGCCUUACCUGCCUACACAAGUAGGUACAAUACCUACUUGGUAUCCACCAAAAGGCUCGUACCCAACUGACGCCGCGCAUCAUAUCCCCGUCACCAUCAAGUUUUUCGUCAGAUCCAUUCUACCCCGUUAUCGUCACUCUACAGUACUUCGUAUGAGUUCGAGAGAGUCUUCGCACCUCUAUAUAUAUUUUUGGGGGUAUAUCGACUGACCCUUUUUUUGGUCUCUUGGUCUACUACUACUACACAUUAUCGCUUUUGACUUCUUCCUCUGAGAAAAGUCCACCCCGCCAUGCAGUUGGCCCUGCUGGCCAUCUGUGCCAGCCUUGCGCUGUUGGUCUCAUCUCAAUCCGACGACAGUCGCACCAGCCACACCGGCUCAGAGACGACAGAGUCAAGUCCGGCCACGUCGACCGGCGCCGACUAUGCAAGUGGCACAUAUGCAGACCACAGCAACACCAUCACCUUCACCGGCACGACCGACUAUGCCACCAUGUCGGACUUUUCCAGCGCCAUGGCCACGGCCAACGCCACCGCCUCGUUAUCGUCGUCGGGCUCGAGAAAUUCCACAAACGGCACAUCAUCAUCGUCGUCGUCCAGUCCGACGGCCACCGUGUUGUCGGGAUCUCCCAAAACAACUUCCGCCAGCAACAGCACUGCCUCACGCAACGCUACUUCGACCUCGACGUCGAUCCUCCCCACCAACACGGCACCUUGCAACGGUCAUCCUUCAUUCUGUCAACGUAAAUACAGCAACAUCACUCAAGUCGCUGCCCACAACAGUCCCUUUGUGCGAGCCGGGAACCUCGCGUCAAACCAGGAAUUGGACGUGACGACCCAACUCAACGACGGUAUUCGCAUGUUACAAUUCCAAGCCCACAACGUCAACGGGACCAUGUACCUCUGUCACACGUCGUGCGACCUGCUCAACGUCGGCACGCUGCAAGACUACCUGACCAAGGUGACCAAGUGGCUUCGGACGCACACCACCGACGUCGUCACCAUCCUGAUCGGCAACUACGACCUCGUCGACCCGGGCAACUUCACCGCCCCCGUCGUCGACUCUGGCCUGAUCAGGUACGUCUACACUCCUCCCACCCUGCCCAUGCCCCUGGACUCGUGGCCGACCCUGGGGGAGAUGAUCCUCCGCCAGCAGCGGGCCGUCGUCAUGCUCGACUACCAGGCCAACCAGACCGCCAUCCCCUGGCUCCUGGACGAGUUCAGCCAGAUGUGGGAGACGCCCUUUUCCCCCACGGACCGCGACUUCCCCUGCACCGCCCAGCGGCCCCCGGACCAAGCCCGCGAGACCCGCCAGGAAAGGAUGUACAUGGCCAACCACAACCUGAACCUCGACGUCGACUUUGCGGGCGUGAGCCUGCUCGUCCCCUUCUUCCCCCUCCUCAACGAGACCAACGCCGUCGCCGGUUUCGGGUCGGCCGGCCGGGCCGUCCACAACUGCACCGCCAUGUGGAAUCGCCCACCCAAUUUCUUGUUGGUUGACUACUACAACAUUGGCAGUUUCAACGGCAGCGUGUUCCAGGUCGCGGCCGACGCCAACAACGUCACCUACAACCGUGAUUCGUGCUGUGGAACCGCCGGGACCAACUCCGCCGUCGAGCGUACGGUCGUCGACGUCAAACUCGCAAUGAUCACCUUGGCCAGCAUCGGUGCCCUGUUGUGGUUCUGAUGGAAUUUCUCUCUUGGCCUCUGUUCUUUGCACACGAGAUAAACUUAUGACCUAGCCAGCGUUACGUCCCCCUUUUAUGUCGAUGCAUACCCUUGGAAUAAUUGGAUCAGAAAUGGGCAUUUCAAGCAAAGAAACUAGGAGUUUUCGGUCGGUUACGAAUUGGGAAGGGUGCUUCAAUUGGCGAAUUCUUUGCUGACGCAGGGGGCUGUCGUAGCAUUUUCCAAGGACACCUACCUCUUUACUUUUUCACACAUUAGGUCAACCUCGAAACCACAAUGGAUAAGUUUGAUCCCGUCCUCCGAACCAUCGUCUUACACUUUCUUCACUUUCGUCAUACUUGUUCAAAGGACAGGAAAAACGAACAAGGACACACAGUGUCCAUCAAAGCUCGAACAUGCGUAUCAUUUUUUAUUUCCUUUUUUUCAAAGACUAAAACACAUUUCCAUUUUCAAACUGGUGUUCAAUUGGUAUCCAAAAGCACACUGCAAACUAAAUUGUUCGCUUACCUUCUGCGCGUG